CUGAAGUCUGAAGUCAGCAGUGGGGAAUGUUGGGCCAUGAGUGGAUCGUCGGGCCAUCUUGGUUUGCAGCUGGCACAUGCAAUGCACAUUACAAGUAUCACGAUGGAGCAUAUAUCGAUGGAGACAUCUGAGAAUAUUCAAUCCGCACCCCGAUCACUUUUGCUCUGGGGUUUGUCGGAUACAAAUGGUAUCUUGCAUGCAGACUUUAUGGAUUAUGACAUAUACUCAUCGUCCCGCAAUCAGACCGUCGACACCGAUACUUGCUUUCAUGGACUUCGUUUCAAUGUAGUGAUUUUAGAGGUCUUGAGUAAUUGGGGAUUGCUAGAUUUUACUUGUCUGUAUAGUGUUGUAUUGCAUGGGCAGGCCUGA